AUGGAUCCCGUCACCGACACCGCCGGUGAGUCCAGUUCUCCUCUCCUGUACUCUACACCCACAACAUGUCCCGUAGUCAGCGCCUCCGGCUCCGGGUCAGGGGUGAUUGUUUCUCAGAAGCGUCACGCCCGCUGCCCGCUCGCUCUUCUUGCAGGCGAAGCGCUCGACGAAAAGCGGCAAAGGACGACGGCAAGCAUCAACAACACAGCGGCUGUGGCGGUGCCGUGGGCGUUCAUUCUGGCGGACAUUCUGGGCGUCGUACUCCGCUUCCUGCCCUGCCUCGCCGACCGCUCUGCCGUGCGGUCCGUGUGCCGGCACUGGCGUGCCGCCGCGCAGGGGCACAGCCUGCCGCCGCCGCUACCGCUCCUCGUGCUCCCCAGGCUCAGGUUCUUCAGCUUUUCCACCCAGGGGGCAGUCUUCGCUAUGCGCCGCGUGUGGAUGCCUGAGGAGGUGGCCACCGGCCAUGUCGGCUGCGUGGGAUCUUCCGAAGGAUGGCUUCUUGUGGCGAGACCCUGCGAAGAUGCCGCCUUCUGCGAGCGCUUCCUGGUGAACGCGCUCUCUCAUAAUGUUGUCCGUCUGCCCCGUCUGCAUGCUCCCUACUGCACCACCUCUGGUGAGCACCCCUGGACUGCCAACGAUGACCCCAAGCUGCAUUCAAGGUCACUCGACCACGUUGUGCUAUCUGCUCCGCCUGGCUCGGCGACCAAGUGCAUAGUGGCUGGCUUCUCCUACCGCAAUUCUGUGCCCGGGCUCUCAGAUUGGCGCGGCUUGCCUGGGAUUACGCUGUGGCAGCCAGGGAUGAAGACCUGGUACGUCUAUCAAUCUCGCUGGGUUGACUGGUUGAGUGACCUUGUGUUCCACCAGGGGAAACUCUACAUGCUCCGCAGGUCCUGGCACACCAUCCAAUCACCAUUGCUCUUGGCUUUUACACUCGGGGAAGAUGAACAUGGGGUCAAUGUCUCUGGCCUUGAGCAUCGAGUGACUAUGCCGCCGUUCCCCCGUCCCGGCCCUGCGAACUGGGCAGCGAGGUGCAACUUGGUGCAAUGGCGUGGCUGGCUGGUGGUGAUAAUAAGAUAUGUGGAUUCUUACAUAUCGUUCUCCCAUACUGAGAAGGUUGAUGUGUUUGCAUUGGACCUCAGCAUAGACCCUUGUGGUGUCACUGAGAUCCGCAGCUUCGAUGGCUAUUGUGUGUUUGUCGAUCUAUGCCGCUGCACUUCCUUUCCUGCCGUCUCGUAUGAGGGUGUCCAAGGUGACUCUAUCUACUUUAUCGAUAAGUAUAAGAAGGACGACCAGCCUAGUUAUGUGACAACUGUGUACAACAUGAGAGAUGGUACAGUGAAGCCCUUCACUGCUGAGCUAUUGUCGGGUAACCCAGCAGAGGACAAGCUCGCGAGCCCAGUGUGGAUGUUCCCUCCCGAAUGA